CAGAGCUCCAAUGGCUUCCCUCGCCUUACCAGAAAAUCUUUUUGCCUUCAUACCCUUUAUUCUCCUCAUAAUUUUCUUUCUAAUUUUGAAGUGGAAUCUCGAUGGCUUCAUUCCUUGGAAUUGGCCUCUUGUGGGGAUGACGCCCACAGUGGCCUACCACAUACACCGAGUUCACGAUCGUAUGACUGAAGUCCUAAACCAAACCGGCUGCACUUUCCUUUUCAGAAGUCUUUGGUUUUCUAAUCUCGACUUCUUGCUCACAGUCGACCCUUCAAACAUUCACCACAUUCUCAGUUCCAAUUUCGAGCGCUACCCAAAAGGCCCCGAUUCCAAGUACAUUUUUGACAUCUUUGGAGACGCCAUCAUCAACUCCGACUUCGAUUCCUGGAAGAGCAAACGCAGAGUCGCUCAUUCCUUGGUUCGCCGCGACAACUUCCUCCGAUUCUUGGAGGAAUCCACGAUGAAGAAGGUGAAGGAAGGCGUGGUUUCGGUGCUUGAAAGUGUUUGUGAAAAUGGGUCGGUGUUGGAUUUCCAAGAUCUGUUUCAGAGAUUCUCGUUUGAUUGCACUUGUAUGUUGGUCACUGGCUUCGACUUCAACAGUUUGUCUAUUGAUUUCCCGCAAGUUCCUUUCUCCAAGGCCAUGGACGACGUGGAGGAAGUGAUUUUUCUUCGCCAUCUCAUCCCUAAGAGUUUGUGGGAAUUGCAAAAGAAACUCCAAAUUGGACAACCCAAGAGGCUGAAAGAAGCUUGCGAAAUCAUAGAUCAAACCAUCGAAAAUUUGCUAGCUUUGAAAAGAGAGAGCUUGCAAAAAGAAGAGCCAGCCCAAGGAGCUGAUUUAAUCACAUCAUAUAUGAUAAACGACAAAUUGGAAGAAGAAGAUGGUAACUUUGAGGAAAAUGACAAAUUCUUGAGGGACACACUUCUAAAUUUCAUGAUUGCCGGUCGGGACACUGUCAGCUCAGCUCUCUCUUGGUUUUUCUUCUGUGUCUCAAACAAUCCGACAGUUGAAGCCAAGAUAAGAGAAGAGCUCAAAUCAAGCAUCCCAAAAAACGAAGCUUGUGACCAAUGGAGGAUAUUUUCCAUGGAAGAGGUGGAUAAGUUGGUUUAUUUUCAUGGAGCUUUAUGUGAAGCUCUUAGACUUUAUCCUCCAAUCCCACUUCAGCACAGGGUCUCUACACAACAUGAUACUCUCCCAAGUGGCCAUAUUAUCAAUCCCAAAACUAAGCUUGUGUUUUCGUUGUAUGCAUUGGGAAGAAUGAGACAAGUGUGGGGAAAAGAUUGUGAGGAGUUCAAGCCAGAGAGAUGGAUUUCAGAGAAAGGGAGUAUAAAACAUGUGCCAUCUUACAAGUUCUUGGCCUUCAAUGCAGGGCCAAGGACUUGCUUGGGAAAACAAGUGGCUUUUACUGAGAUGAAAAUGGCUGCAGCUGCCAUUAUUCACAACUACAACAUUAUUCAAGAACUGGGGCAUGAGGUUGUCCCAAAUUCUUCCAUUAUUCUUCACAUGAAGCAUGGAUUCAAGGUGAAGGUUACAAAGAGAUGGUCUUGAAGUUCAAAGGGCAAGGAGGAAAAUUUUCUUAUCUUUGUUGAGCUCAAAUUACAUUAUCUUAGAAUGAAAACAAAAAUGAUGCAUUGUAAUCUUUUGAUAAUGUGUUGUUGUUGCUGCUGCCCUUUUUUUUUCUUUUUUUUUUUUCUUUUUUUAGUUAUUAUUGUUGUUGUCAAUUGGUGACUUGACUAAUGUUGUAUGAUAAUGUGAAUUUGGG